AUGCUAUUGCUCCUCUACACCGCACUUCUGUGCCAUGUUAAUGCCGACAGUAUCAGCUUCGUCGUGCCAGAAUCCGCACCGAUUGGUCAUGUGAUUGGCUAUGUAGCCGGCCAUCCAACCUUAGCCACUCAUCCGAAGUAUUUCGUCGUUUUUCCCGAUACUCUCUCAGAGCAGGUGAUAAAAAUCGAUGACAAGUCUGGCGAGAUCGUCCUGUUGGCUCCACUCGACUACGAAAAGCGGCAUCGAUUCGAGAUCCUGGCUGUACCGAUCGAUGGAGGAGAUGGCAUUCAGGUGACGAUAGAAGUUGAGGAUGUUAACGAUCAUACGCCAACAUUUCCUGACGACAAAAUAAAGCUGGAGAUCUCUGAGUUUGCCCGUAUUGGAGCCGCCUAUCCGUUGCCACGAGCUGAAGAUACCGAUGGAGCAAACUACACCGUUCAGAAGUAUCGUAUAGCUCAGGGCAACGUGAACAAUGUGUUUAAGAUCUCGGUACGUCCGGUAAACGGCGAACUCUAUGCGGAUCUAGUUGUGAACGGGCAACUUGACAGGGAGUAUCGCGACAAGUACGAGCUGAUUGUCGAAGCGAUCGACGGCGGGAAACCACCGAAAAUAGGCCGCCUUCUUGUACACAUCUUCAUUCUGGAUGCCAAUGACAAUGCACCGGUUUUCGUCCAACCGCGCUACAGUAUCACAGUACCUGCGAAUCUUACGAUCGGUUCUCAGCUGCUCACUGUGAAAGCUACUGAUGCGGAUGUGGACAGCAACGGCCGAGUAGGAUAUCGUUUUCAGAAGACACGAUUCGAUACGCUGUCGCUGUUCUCCCUUUCUUCGAAUGGAGUCCUGUCAACUGCGGGCCAUUUGCUUCCAGGCGUCGUUCACGAUCUCGUCGUCGUAGCAUACGAUGGAGGUACUCCGUCCUUGGAGACGACCACGAUCGUCACCGUUACGGUACAAGGCACGUCCUUAACGGCUCCUGCCAUCGACAUCAUCUGGUUGACUGAUUCCUCAAUGGCACACAUACUGGAGAACAUUACCCUUGGCACUAUUGUCGCCCGGCUCAGUCUCAACCAUGAACAAAAAGACAGUGUUGUCAGCCUCUCUGGAUGUCCAUCGCUUUGCUUGCGGCAAAGUCAAUCGCCAUCGGUUUAUCUGCUUUUGGCCUGUGGCCUGUUCGACCGUGAAACUUCACCAGAAUAUCACCUGAAGUUCAGUCUCAGACGAGGCUCCGAGCUCGUUCUCGAUCAUCCGGUACUUCUCACAAUAGGUGAUAUCAACGACAAUUCGCCCAGUUGGACCCAAAGUCACAUGCAUAUCACCGUGAAUCGAUCGGUAUCUGAAUCAGACCAGACUACCGUACUGACUGCCACCGAUCCUGAUCAGGGUGCUAAUGGUCGCGUGAGGUACAGUAUCCUCGACUCGGAUGUUAUGGCUAUUGACCCUGAUACUGGACGUUUAAGUCCUUUGAGAGAGCUUGAUUGUUCCCUUGGAUCAGAAAUUCGGUUCAAAGUUCGCGCCACUGACGGAGGUUCACCCAGUUUAUACUCAGAUCUUCAAGUGACAGCCGAUCUGGUCGACGGUUACGGUAGGCCACCACAGUUCGAGAAGUCGCUCUACGAAGUGCAAAUUGCAGAGGAUAGCGAGAUUGGCACCUGUUUAUUGAAGGUACUGAUUGUGAUGGGUUUGAGGCAUUACCGUACUUGUCAUACUGUAUUUACACUGGCAGUCACUGCGUCAAGCUAG